GCUGCACCCAGUCCAUCACAGGCUUUCUUCUCGCUUUCUCGAACCUUUUUCGCUUUCUCCCCUCGCUCUUGACGAGUCUUUCUUGUCUUCUUCAUUUGCUCCCCAUCUUUCCUUUCUUUUUCGCAACGGACGCUCUAUUCGACUUCUUCUCCCACGACAUCGACAUGACUACUACUGUUACCGUCACUGUAUCUCAGGCCUCGACGACGGCCGGCGUUCAGAAGCAACGCACUCACCUCAUGCGUUCGACGCGCAAGCUCGGUUCCCUCCUCGGCGAGACUCCCCUCAUUAUCGACAACUCUCGCCACGAACACACCGCCUCCAUGUCCAGCAUGGCAUCCCGACGCUCAGGCAUGAUCUUCCUGGGCACCGAUUUGCUCGCGCUCCCCCCACCAUCGCCGGAUGGAUUGAAAUCUGUCGAAAGCUCCGGUGCAAAGAUGGAUAGGCCUAUGCUCUUCCUGCGUCGGCCCCUCCCCACCCUCCUCUCGACUGCGCCCUCGCCCCAAUCGCCCUCCUUCCCAGCCCUUACUCCAACGACACCUCUCACCCCGGAGACAGUGGUAGUGGAUCGACGAAAGAAGAUGGCAAAGCUUACCCGCACGCUCGGUGUCAAUCCCCCCGCCGAGCUUGUGUUCCGGGGAGUCAGUGCAAAAGAGUUCGCCGCGAUUCCGUCACCGCACUAUGUCUCUUCGGUGCUCGCGGCCUUGGGCCCUGCGAACAGUACGGUGGGAAGCCGCGCGUCCAUGAUGUCGGUGGAGUCGCUUGCCAGCCCCACACGCGAGGCGACGUUGUUGCCUUAUCGAGCCACCGCAGCGCGCAGCGCUUCGAGCCUGGUACUUUCCAGUCCUUCGGGACCAUGGGUUAAUGCACGCCCGGUACGCAUCGACCUCCAGCACUCGUUCAGAGACCCCGUAUCCUGCUCCCCCGGUCGCCACGACCUCGGAAGCCGAGGCCGUGGAGAGCAAGACUUCGCGCUCGACAGCCGACGCGCGGUUCCUCUCCCGACACUUCAUAGUGGACCUCCCGGAACGCACGUCCUCGCGCAUGCACGUCCAGAACCUCCGCGCCCUGUCGCCCGCUGUGGGCUUGCGCUCCCCGUCGCCGACCUGGUCAUUGUCUGAAGAUGUGGAUGCGGAUGCGGAUGAAGCGCUCGUACGCGAGGAGGUGCGGGAUGGGUGGACCGGCCAAUGGACAUUCGAGGGCGGGGCGGCGGGGCAGGAUAUGCAGGAUGUUGUCAAGCAGCUGCGUGAGAUGAGACUGUAGGACUGUAGCUAGAUGUUUGGUGAUGAACUUGCGCUUCCUUGCUUCAUAACGCAUACGAUUUACCGUGAUGUAGUAUGUCGUGUAUCACUCCUUCGUCUAUCAUCCUUGUUUAUUGGCGUAUCUGUAUCACACUCUUGGUGUAUUGAGCCUCACAAGAGUGCCUAACCACACGACUCGGAAUCUAAUCUUGAAUCCACGUUUCAAGAAGAGAAGGGUGACCUCAGGCGAUGUU